AUGCUAGCAUCUAUCGUCCGAUGGGCCGUCUUGUGUACCGUAUCCUGGGGUUGUUGGAGCGUUGUACGUCGGUUCAUGGUGGGAACCGCUCUUGACAACAUUCCUGGGCCUCCCUCUCUUUCCUUCUUCAAAGGCAACCUUUCGCAAUUGUUCAACACUCAUGGUUGGGAGUUCCAUAAAGCCAUUGCGGCCAAGUAUGGGAGCGUCAUCAAGCUCAAGGCCCUCUUUGGUGAAAACCAACUAUACGUAUUCGAUCCGAAGGCGUUACAUCACAUUGUAGUCAAGGAUCAACAUAUCUACGAGGAAACAACGCCAUUCAUUGAGUGA